AUGCAACCAUCCAAUUGUAUUCAAUAUUAUAAAAUUUGGAAACGAACUGUUAUAUCAGUUGUCUAUUGUGCAUCUUAUGCAUCAAUAUCCCCACUACUUGGUAAAUACAUCAAUACAGCUAGCAAGUUGCUACGGAAAAUUUAUACUACGAGACUUGACAUUUUCUUCAAACCUUUUCGUUACAAAUUUGAGCAUCAUUACUAUGAUAUUGUUCCCAUUUCACCUUCUCGUAUGUCCGGAUUAGCAGUAAAGCAAGUAUUUUUGAGAAAUUUUUGUAAAAACAUAUCAAUAUCUGAAAGAUUAACAUCAUCUUGUUAUAAUUUGAUGGGAAUAAUGGCAAAUUCUGCUGCACAGCAAAAAUUAAAUCAAGCAUCAAUGGAACCUUUCUUAGAGAUGUAUUAUAACUCUAGUAACAAUCAUGAAAUUCCAUUAACAUUUUCAUCAGAAAAUUUAGCAUGUGAAAAUAAUCUGCAAACAGUUGCUCUUGAAACAAGUACAUGUGUCGACACUUCCAUGCUUUUGAAAGAGAGAUACCUGACCGAUAAACAGAAAUAUAAAGCAAUAAGGCAAUGGAAACGUUUAAAAAAAGAGAAGCUGACCUCUAAUUCUGAAGAAUUUUUUAUUCUGAGAGUACUAUCCUUCAACAUUUUGGCACAAUAUCUACUGGAAACAUAUCCAUUUCUAUAUAAAGGACAUGAUAAACGGGCACUACCUUGGAAGAUUAGGAGGCAGCUUCUCUUACAAGAAAUUUUAGGGGCACAAGCUAAUGUAAUAUGUCUUCAAGAAAUGCAAGAAGAACAUUUACAAGAAUUUUUGAUUCCAUUUAAAGAUUUGGGUUAUAACUACAUAUAUAAAAAACGAACAAAUGAUAAAAGGGAUGGUUUACUUUUCCUAUAUCGUUCUGAUCAGCUUACUUUAAUGGAAUAUGCAAAGGUUGAGCUUUAUCAAUCUGGUAUAGAAUUGCUGAGUAGAGACAAUGUUGGAAUCAUUGCCAAACUCGCACUUAAAGAAAGCCCUGAAACACAAUUGGUUAUUGCUACAACUCAUCUGCUUUACAAUCCACGACGAAAUGAUGUAAGAUUGGGACAAGUACAACUUCUUUUAGCAGAAAUUGAGAGAAUUGCUUUCCUGGAGAAUACAAUGAUGGGUGCCAAAUACCUUCCAAUCAUACUGGUAGGUGAUUUCAACUUAACACCUGACUCGGGAGUAUAUGAAUUUAUUACGGAGGGUGUAUUUGAGUAUCAAGGGAAAAGCAAAAGCCUUGAAGAAACGGAGUAUCGAUCUCUAUCGAAUUCUCUAAUCCCUCCUCGCCUCUGUAUUACGGAUAGCUGUCAACAUUUUAACGUUUUAAAACAUAGAUUACGUGGAGAAGGAACAGACAGAGUGAUGCUGGAAAAUAGUGAACAUUUUAUGGCAGAGGAAAAUGUUUCAUCAUACCAUUGCGAAGUAAAUGCGGAUACAACAGAUCUUCAAACAAUAGAGAUCGCUCAUGGUUAUCAUGUAAAGUUUUGUUCUGGCACCUUAACGCAUCCGUUCCGUUUUAACAGUGUAUAUAAACAUCGAAAUCGUCAUGGAGAACUAGAAGCUACGACCAAUCAGGACGAGUGGGUUACAGUUGAUUAUAUUUUUUAUAGUGAUCUGGAACUUGUUGAAAAUUAUAAACUACCCUUAGUUAAACAGUGCUCCACUUUGCCAACAAUACCUAAUUUUGCAGUUGGUAGUGACCAUUUUUGUUUAGGAGCUACUUUUAAAGUACAUAAAAGAAAACCUCAGAUCUGUUAA